AUGAUUCUACCGGCCUAUGGAGUCGUACCGACAUCGCGACUGGAAGCUAGACUUCAAUUGCUUAAUAUCGAUGAGGCUGGACAUCUAGAUGUGUUGUAUGAGCCCUCUUUGGAGGACAAGAAACCUUUGGUGGCCGUUCAAAGAUGCAGAAACUGUGGAGCCAUGAUUAUGAACAAGAGCGCUGUGUACGGUGAACUAUGGAUUUGCGGUAUCUGCGAUUCGGGCAACAUGCUUGUUGAAAAACCCUCGAGCGAGUCCUACACGGUCAGACUGGACGAGAAUCCUCAGGCUGGGCCGGAAGACGGCCGUACGAGGCCCAUAAUCCUUGUCAUAGACCGUAACGAAGACGCAGAAGGUGACGUGGCACGCUUGACGCAGGUCUUGGCCGAUAAGCUGGCCAUGGGCCCGCCUCGAGAUGUUGCCAUAGUCACGAUAGGCCCUGAUGGAACCGUCGAGGUUCAUCAUCGCCAUGGUGGUGACGUGUCCGACGACUUAGAGCCCAAGAACCUCUCUGUCGCUUGCUUUCAUGCUCACGACUCCACUACCGUUGAUGCUGCGGAGAAGCUUGACUUAGAAUUUUUCAAAUCGCGUUUGUCUGCGGGAAUUGGUCCCAUCUUUUUCAAUGAGAGCGAUGCCGCGAAAAUCGUCACGGGCUUGGUGUCGACAGGCGCACGCUUGCCAAAAUCUCGUCAUCAGAGGGCAACAGGUCUCUCGCUUGUUAUAGCUGCCGCUUUGGCUCAAACCGCGACCUUCGCUUUGACAGUGGCCUGUUUAUCUGGCCCUUGCACCAUAGGUCCUGGUAAAGUAGUACCCAAGAACCUAAAAUAUGCCAUGCGACAGCAUCACGAUCUGGACAAAAGCUCUGACAAAUACUUUCGCAAGGCCAGAACGUUUUUCGAACGAUUAUCGACCCAGAACGAGUGCCAAAUGUUGAUAGGAUGCUUAGAUCAAAUUGGGUUCGUGGAAUUGGCGCCUGUUUGCAAUAGCGUGGGCCAAUUCGAUUCAUUUUCCUCCCCAGGGUUUGAACUGGCCCUUGAAACGGUCUUGAAUAGCGUUGCAUGGGGUUCAGAGAUUACCAUCAAGGCCUCUAAGGGUUUGCUGGUGGACGGAUGUUAUGGGGACGUUCAAAGACUGCCGCCCACGCAAAAAAUAUACAGCGAUACGCCUUGUGGCGUGUCUGGAACUAAUAAAUGGCAAGUGGCACCGGCAACUCCUUCGCUCGCAUUUCGAUUCAGUAUCGAAACGGCGGCAACCAAAGAGCAGUCCAUAGAUUCGGUUCCGCAGUUUCUAAUAUUGCAGUUCCAAUUCAGCUAUUUCCAUCAGGGAGAAAAACGAUGCAGAAUCGAGACCAUAUUCCUACCUACAACAAAUCAUCAGUCCGCAAAUUCGACGUCUAUUCAGGAUACACAUUCUCCACUUGCCUCUUUGGCAUGUCUGAUGAAAAGAAUCGCAUUCAGUCAGCUCAGGCUAAGAAAAUUUCAUUCACUCGAUCUAGAACGUUGGCGCGAAAAGCUCGACCGAAUUGCCGCUGCCCAUUUCCACCAGCAGAGCCACACGUACAUGGUGUUUAUCGACAGCCUAUACCAUCUCAAGUGGAGCGCGCUACUCCAAAAACGCAACACUUCCCCGGAUGAGGCCUGUAUAUUCCAGUCACUUGUGUUGUCAUGGACUGCCAACCACUGUAAACUUCUGUGCAAGCCGUUGGUGACUAUUUUCGAGGAAAGAGGCCCAAUUGACGUCGAAAUAAUUGAUGAGCAACUGAUCUUCUCGAGAAAUGCGACAUGCGUGGACGGUGGUAAUUUCAUACUCGUGAGGUAUGCUGAGAGGGACUCAAUGGCCCAAAACGCGGUUAAUUACGGAGUGCGUCUCGUCGAAACUCGGUUCCCACCACCGGUUUUCAAGGAAACUGUCGUUGGAGGCAGUCAGGAUCGCUAUUUUGUCAGUAAACUGGCUCCACGCACUGGAUUGAACACAGAAGAUGCAUCUUUCAACGAGUACAUCGACUCCUUACGCAAAAUAAGGUGA